ACGUGCCGUGCGUGCGCGGCGCGCGGUGACGGAGCGGGUCGGCCGCGUCUCUUUGUUGGCGCUGAGGCGGCCGAAGGCGCGGCGGGGCCGGGAGUGAGGGUGGGGGGCGGGCGGGAGCCUCCGCUUCACCGCCUCGCCAUGGACUCGGACGAGGGCUACAACUACGAGUUCGACGAGGACGAGGAGUGCAGCGAGGACAGCGGCGCGGAGGAGGACGACGAGGACGACGAAGAGGACGAGCCCGACGAUAACCUGGACCUGGGCGAGGUGGAGCUGGUGGAGCCCGGCCUGCGCGUCGGCGGCGAGCGGGACGGGUUGCUGGGCGGCGAGACGGGCGGGCUGGGCCCGGGCGGCGGCGGCGGGCUGGGCGGCGGGCCGGGCCCCGGCGGCGGCGGCGGCCCCGAGCAGGAGGAGGACUACCGCUACGAGGUGCUGACGGCCGAGCAGAUCCUGCAGCACAUGGUGGAGUGCAUCCGCGAGGUCAACGAAGUCAUCCAGAACCCAGCAACUAUCACUCGAAUACUGCUUAGCCAUUUCAACUGGGAUAAAGAGAAGCUGAUGGAGAGGUACUUUGAUGGCAACUUGGAGAAGCUCUUUGCAGAGUGUCAUGUAAUUAAUCCAAGUAAAAAGUCUCGAACGCGCCAGAUGAACACAAGGUCAUCAGCUCAGGAUAUGCCCUGUCAGAUCUGCUAUCUGAACUACCCAAACUCGUACUUUACUGGCCUAGAGUGUGGACACAAGUUCUGUAUGCAGUGCUGGAGUGAAUAUUUAACUACCAAAAUAAUGGAGGAAGGCAUGGGACAGACCAUUUCAUGCCCUGCUCAUGGCUGUGAUAUCUUAGUCGAUGACAAUACAGUUAUGCGUCUGAUCACAGAUUCCAAGGUGAAAUUAAAGUACCAGCAUUUAAUAACCAAUAGUUUUGUAGAGUGUAAUCGACUGUUAAAAUGGUGUCCUGCCCCAGACUGCCACCAUGUUGUUAAAGUCCAGUAUCCUGAUGCUAAACCUGUUCGCUGCAAAUGUGGACGUCAGUUUUGCUUUAACUGUGGUGAAAACUGGCAUGAUCCUGUUAAAUGCAAGUGGUUAAAGAAAUGGAUUAAGAAGUGUGAUGAUGACAGUGAAACUUCUAAUUGGAUUGCAGCAAACACAAAGGAAUGCCCAAAAUGCCAUGUCACCAUUGAGAAGGAUGGGGGCUGCAACCACAUGGUCUGUCGGAACCAGAACUGCAAAGCUGAGUUCUGCUGGGUGUGUCUGGGCCCCUGGGAGCCUCAUGGAUCUGCCUGGUACAACUGCAAUCGUUACAAUGAGGAUGAUGCAAAGGCAGCAAGGGAUGCGCAGGAGCGAUCCAGAGCAGCCCUGCAGAGGUACCUGUUCUACUGCAACCGCUAUAUGAACCACAUGCAGAGCCUGCGCUUCGAGCACAAGCUCUAUGCUCAGGUGAAGCAGAAGAUGGAGGAAAUGCAGCAGCACAACAUGUCAUGGAUUGAGGUGCAGUUCCUGAAGAAAGCAGUCGACGUCCUCUGCCAGUGUCGUGCCACACUCAUGUACACUUACGUCUUUGCCUUCUACCUCAAAAAGAAUAAUCAGUCCAUUAUCUUCGAGAAUAACCAAGCAGACUUAGAGAAUGCUACAGAGGUGCUUUCUGGGUACCUGGAGCGAGAUAUCUCCCAAGAUUCACUGCAGGACAUAAAGCAGAAAGUACAGGAUAAGUACAGAUACUGCGAGAGUCGACGAAGGGUUUUGUUGCAGCACGUGCAUGAAGGCUACGAGAAGGACCUGUGGGAGUACAUUGAGGACUGAGACUGGCCCCGCAUAAAAUGAACUCUGAAACCUUUACCAUCUAGAGCGCUCAUGCGAUUAAAAAUAAAAACACACACAAGGCACUACGCCUAUUACACUGCUGGUCUGUAGAACCGGGAUUCUGUUUUGUUAACAGAAAAUUUAAGUAAAUUAUAUUGUAAUAAAAAAAAGGUAGAUAAACCAUUGUACAACAGUAUUCUAGGCGGCCAAUAAGAGUGUGACAGACUCACUAAAAAAAAAACAAAAAAACAACCCUCCAACUUUAACUUGUAACGUAGCUUCAUUUUCCAAGCCAACUCCUUUUUCUUUUCUAUCUUUCUUUUCCUGUGUGUAGUACAGAUGAAAUUUAAACCAGUUUCUUGACACUGCUUUUCAUGUCCAAACCAGCCAUUUUGAUGUACUUUGGUAAGGGGGGUGUCUCCCGCCCCCCUCCUCCUCUCUGCCACCCCAGUACACGGAUGAAUGUUGAUUGGCUCCUUGUAAAGAUGACUUUUUGGGGAGGGGAGGAGGGGGGGUACACAGCAAGGAAAAAAAACUUUGUAUAUGACUUUUAAAACAAAAAAAAAAAAGAGGACAACACAGUAUUUUUCAAAG